GAUAUCCGACAACAUGGAACAGACUUGAUUCCCACCAAGUGAACGAGAUCGUGAUCUAACAUUGAUCCAGCGCGAAGUAUCGUUUAUCAGAGAUAAGUUCCAUGGCGAGAUCACAGAUAUGCCCGCCCCACUAUCGUGGAUCUAUGAUGCGAUGCUGCAUUUUCGGUUGACCCCCUUCAUCAGGUUUGUUUAAUAUCAGGUACAGCGUUCAUUUACUGUUGUAGAUUAACAUACCGGGAGAAUACAGAUAUUCAAUAUAGUUGUGAGCUACUUUUGGUCGUCACUUCCUUAUUGAACUAAUAGGUAGUUCUUUCCUUCAUCGGCCCGAAAUUUUAACAAUUGCUUCCUUUUCUGAAAAAUCUGGCUCUCGAGAUUCAAUCCUUAACAAACAAUCCUUAAGUAUCAGUUCUAUCAUCAUCAGUCCUACCAAGUAUUAGUUCUAUCGAGAAGCAGUCCUAUCAGUUUACUUGCAAAUCAUCCCACACACACAUAUCUUAGAAAAAUGCCUGAAAUACUACGAGUUGGAAUCAUAGGGCUAGGGGAGAUUGCACAGGUUUCACACAUCACAGUCCUGAAUAACCUAUCCGACCAUUUCACUAUUACAUACCUCUGCGACCCCUCUGAAGCUGCUCUGGAGCAUUGUUCCAAAAAAGUUGCUGGGAACACCCCCAAAACAACCACAGAUGCGGCACAGCUUUGUUCGUCGUCCGAUGUUGAUGUGGUUCUGAUAACAAGUGCACACGGUUUCCAUGCGUCCCAGGCCAUACUUGCCCUACACAAUGACAAAUACACCCUAGUAGAAAAGCCAUUGUGCCUAUGUUUCCGAGAUAUUGAGCAACUUGAAGAAGCCGAAAAAGGAUCGGCAGGAAAGAUCUUUGUUGGGUAUCAAAGACGCUACGCCCAGGCAUUCGUCGAUGCCGUAAAGGAAGUUGGUGGCCUCGGCAAGAUCCAAUAUGCCCGUGUCAGAGAUAUCAUCGGACACAACAGCUAUUUCGUUGAUCAAUCGGCUACAUUCCCUAGGAAAUUCUCAGAUUAUAAGCAAGCGGAUUCCAAAGCUAUGUCAGCGGUUCUGGAUGAGCAGAUUAUCCACGCACUUGGGACAGAGUAUGGGAUGGACGUAACGCCCGCUAUUAAGGAAUUUUUUGGAUUCUUUUCAAUUCUCGCUACCCAUGACUUGAGUGCAAUGAGAGAAAUACUAGGUGGCAUGCCUCAAAAAGUGUUGGGGUCAUCCCUAAGCCUACCAUUUUGGACGGUGUUAUUCCAAUUCGACGGCUUUGCUGUGACAUAUGAGUCUGGCGUUCAUGGCGUCCCAACAUUCGAUGCUCAUCUAGAAGUAUAUUCAGAGGACAAGAUCGUUCGAGUCAAUUACGACAGUGGAUAUAUUAAAGGACUUCCUGUCACGAUGACGAUCAGGGAAAGAGUUGGUGAAUCGGGAUACCAGGAAAGAACUGUGAGGAAAACAUAUGAGGAUCCAUACACUUUGGAAUUCUUAGAUUUCCAUGAUUGUGUUGUCAAUGGGAAGACUCCUAAGACAAGUGUACAAGAUGCGAAGAAAGAUUUGGAUCUUUUCAAGAUGAUUAUUCAAUCCUCAAAUUCCCUAUGAAAGUAUACAUAGAACAAUAGAACCCGAUGUUUUGAAAAAGUCAAAGCGCAACAAG